AUGCAGUGGCAUGAUGAAUUCUGCAGCAGUGCAGGGAUCAAAUUUGGGCACGUGUCAAAGUGGCUUUACUCUCACCUGGAGGAGGCAGGCAGCACUGUGAAACUCAUAUUCUUUGACUUCUUCAGUGCAUUCAACAUCAUCUGGCUUGACUUGCUCAGCGAUAAGGUACAUGACAUGAAGGUGGAGGCUCCACUGGUGGCCUGGAUUACCAACGGUGGCAACUCUGAAUGUGAAUCAUUGAUUAAAGUACAACGCGACACAGUUUAUGAGGUUGUGAUUGGAGGAAACCUGAAGAUUACCUGCUCAGUUGUUUUCUGCAGCAGUUCACCACCAAAUGUAUCCUGGUUUAAAUUCGGAGAAAAAACUUUUGUUCCUGUCGAUUUCAACAGAAAUCCUCACAUCAAAAAAGAGUGGGAAACGUUAAAUCAUACUGAAGGGAAAUCAUAUUUGGUCUUCCAAAACAUACUCAGGAAUGAUUCUGCACUGUAUCAAUGUCAAGCUCAAGGCCAAAUUAGUCAUGCCAUCAACCUAUCUAUCAGCGAUCACAGAAAUCCAAUCCCAACACCGGGUACACCUGAUGCCACACGAAGUCCAGAUGCUCCUGCCAAAGAUUUUUUCUGGAUGUACUUGUACUGUGCUGCUGCCAUUUUGGUAUUCGUCACCAUCGUGAUCGUUACGUCUGUCAUAGCAAUGCGAGGCUGUAAAGGGAAGUGGCAGAAAGAGGUGGCACCUGACAAUCAGUACAUGGGCAUACCAAUGUGUGAGCAAGCCUCCCCACAUCUCAGUGUCCAAGCUCCCCAAAGAGCAAGCCCCUCCUCCCACCAUGCCCUACCCAGCAUAGUUCCUGAGCCUGUCAUUUAUAGCGUACCAGCUCGCCAAUCUACCCGGAAAAAGAUGUCACCCUCACGACCCCAUGACAACAAGAAUGUGUGCAAAAGCAACACAGAGGGAGGACAAAGGAUGAGGGAUAUGGGGGAGGAAGAAGGGAGGUCUAUUGUGUAUGCUGCUCUCAAUCAUCAGAUUCUACCCGGAGCUGCCGCUCGGCCGAGAAAGCCACGGGAGGAGACUUCAGAGUACGCGGCCAUCCGUGUGUCGUGACGCUUCAUCGCAUCCAGAUAGACCGACGGUGUCAAACUCAAGCACAGUUACCAUCAUAAACAACAAACAAAAACAUAUAGUUCAUCAGAUUUAAUCUGUUCAUUUGUGUGA